UAGGUGGCCUACUGCCCGAGCUUGCCACGCACGACGAGCUCGCCGCCAUGGUCAACCGGGGCCUCCACCCCCACCUACUCGCCGACCCGACGGCCCUCCACGGGCUCAAGCAGGAGCCGAGCUCUUACGCCCCGGCCAACAACCCCUUCAGCAUAACGAGGCUCCUGCCCGGGGUUGCCUCGACCGCCGCCGCGGCAGCCUCCCCCGGGGCCCAAGUGCCGCCCGACAGCAAGCCCCCCGAGCUCAAGCAGAUGUACGAGCUGCACCACCAGGGCUACGUGAACGCGGCCGCGGCCGCAGCCGCCGCCAGUUACCAGCAGCACGCCAACGGCAUGCACCACCAGAUGUCGAGCACCGGGGGCGGUGGUGGUGGUGGUAUCGGUCAGCCCUCGGACUAUUACCAGAGCCCGCUGUACCACCCGGUGGCGGGUUCGGGUCCAGUAGGCCCUGGCUCCUCCGGGGGCCCCGGCUUGUGA